ACUAGUCAUUGAUUGAUAAAAGCAGUAUAUGACGCAACCAGCACUGCACACAAUACAUGCAAUAACGUGUCGUACGUGCGUACGUGACAAAAUCAGAAUCGGCUAUGGCGACGGACGGAGCUGCAACCUGCGUGUUCUCCCGACUAAAAGAAAGCAUCCGAGUGGCAGAUGAGGACCUACAGUACUUCAACCUCUUGGCUCUCAACGAUUACAGAUAUGAUCGUCUCCCGUUCUCCAUCCGUGUUCUCCUGGAGUCGGCCGUUAGGAAUUGCGACAACUUCCACAUCAAGGAGAAAGAUGUGGAGAACAUCUUGAAUUGGAAGGAAAACCAGGACAAGAGUGUGGAAGUGCCCUUCAAGCCGUCCCGUGUCAUCUUACAAGACUUUACGGGUGUACCAGCGGUAGUGGACUUUGCAGCCAUGCGUGAUGCGGUCAAGCGUCUAGGCGGUGACCCCCAGACCAUCAAUCCUGUCUGCCCUGCCGACCUGGUAAUUGACCAUUCCGUGCAAGUGGAUGUGUCCAGGAGGCCAUGCCCAAUAGUCCCCCGCACCCCUAAUCCGGGCGGAGGGGUGCCCAAGGGGUCCGAGAGCCACCCUAAGGGGGGCAGUGUCUGCAACGUGUGCGGGCCCAUUGAGUCUGGCUUCCGCCUCCCCCUUCAAGACCAGACUUGUCCCUUUCACCACAUAGCUACCGAUGGCUCUGACGCACUUCAGAAAAACCAAGAAAUUGAGUUCCAGAGAAACAAAGAACGCUUCCUGUUUCUGAAGUGGGGUGCCAAAGCGCUGCAGAACAUGCUGAUUGUUCCCCCUGGGUCGGGAAUAGUCCACCAAGUCAACCUCGAGUACCUGGGCCGCGUUGUCUUCAACAAGAACGGCCUGCUGUACCCUGAUAGCCUCGUGGGAACGGACUCCCAUACCACCAUGAUCAACGGCCUGGGAAUUGUGGGCUGGGGUGUUGGUGGCAUUGAAGCAGAAGCAGUUAUGCUGAAUCAGUCCAUCAGUAUGGUGCUUCCUAAAGUCGUCGGCUACAAACUGACCGGUAUGAUGGACUCACUGGCCACAUCAACGGACGUUGUGCUGACCAUUACGAAGCAUUUGCGACAAGUUGGCGUCGUGGGCAAAUUUGUGGAAUUCUUUGGCCCUGGUGUGGCCCAGCUAUCCAUAGCGGACCGCGCCACCAUCGCUAACAUGUGCCCAGAGUAUGGUGCUACCGUUGGGUUCUUCCCAGUCGACCAGAACAGUAUUGCCUACCUCAGGCAAACAGGUCGCGAUGAGACACAGAUUGCGUGCAUCGAGGCCUACUGCAAAGCUAACCACAUGUUCAGGGACUUCAAUAACUCUGACCAGGACCCUGUCUUCUCGGAGGUAGUAGAGCUGGACCUGAGCACGGUCCGCUCCUGCAUCAGUGGGCCCAAGCGGCCCCACGACAAAGUCCUGGUGACGGACAUGAAAGUGGACUUCCAGAGCUGCCUGGACAACAAGGUGGGCUUCAAGGGCUUCCACAUCCCCAAGGAGCAGCAGUCCACCACGGUGCCCUUCCAGUUUGACGGGACUGAGUACACGCUGACGCACGGCUCAGUAGUGAUUGCUGCAGUUACCAGCUGCACCAAUACCAGCAAUCCAUCAGUCAUGCUUGGAGCGGGACUGCUUGCCAAGAAGGCCGUAGAGGCAGGCCUGACCGUCGAACCUUACAUCAAAACCAGCUUGAGCCCAGGCAGUGGUGUGGUCACCUACUACCUGCAAGAGAGCGGGGUUAUCCCUUACCUGGACAAACUAGGGUUUGAUAUCGUUGGCUACGGCUGUAUGACAUGUAUCGGCAACAGUGGCCCCCUACCAGAGGAAGUCUCUCAAGCCAUUGAAAAGGGUGAACUAGUGGCCUGUGGCGUUCUGUCAGGCAAUCGCAACUUUGAGGGACGCAUCCACCCUCUGACCAGGGCCAACUACCUGGCCUCCCCUCUGUUGGUAAUAGCCUAUGCCCUGGCCGGCACUGUCAGCAUUGACUUUGAGACCCAACCACUAGGUAAGACACCAGAGGGCAAAGAAGUCUUCCUGCGAGAUAUCUGGCCCAGUCGUAGCGAGAUUCAUGAGGUAGAGAGGCAGUAUGUCAUUCCCGCCAUGUUCAAAGAGGUCUACGCCAAGAUUGCUAAAGGUAACGAGCGAUGGAACAGCCUGGAUGCCCCAGAGAGCAUGCUGUACCCUUGGGACUCCAAGUCAACUUAUAUCCAAUCGCCGCCGUUCUUUGAAACCAUGGAGAAAGAGAUUCCACCAAUCAUGGGAGUCAAAGACGCCAGCGUCCUGUUAAACCUUGGAGACUCUGUCACCACCGACCACAUCUCGCCUGCCGGCAGCAUCGCCCGCAACAGCCCCGCGGCCCGCUACCUAGCCUCGCGUGGCCUCACCCCCCGUGAGUUCAACUCCUAUGGCAGUCGACGCGGCAACGACGCCGUCAUGGCGCGGGGCACCUUCGCCAACAUCCGAUUGGUCAACAAGUUUGUGGGCAAGGCGGGGCCUAAGACCGUCCACCUUCCGUCGGGUGAGACUAUGGAUAUCUUUGACGCGGCCGAGCGGUAUCGCAGGGACAAACAGACUUUGAUCAUUCUAGCCGGAAAGGAUUAUGGGUCUGGGUCAUCGCGUGACUGGGCUGCUAAGGGACCCUGGAUGCAGGGUGUGCGUGCCGUGAUCGCCGAGAGCUACGAGCGAAUUCAUCGUAGUAACCUAGUCGGCAUGGGCAUCAUCCCACUGCAGUUCCUACCAGGCCAAAAUGCCGACUCCCUGGGCCUGACUGGCAAGGAGAAAUACUCCAUCGAGGUGCCUGAGGACUUGCAGCCUGGACAGAAGGCGACCGUGAAGACGAGUGAUGGUCGUGCCUUCGAGGCCAUCAUCAGGUUCGACACUGACGUAGAGCUCACCUAUUUCCGGCACGGUGGUAUCCUCAACUACAUGAUCCGACAGAAACUGGCUGUAUGAACCAAAACAAAAAAUCAUGUAGAUGAUGCAUUAACAUUCGUGACCUAUAACAGUAACUUGACUUAAAAUGCGAUAACUGCUUUAACGCCGUGUAUGGGUACAUCAAUUGUGGGUGAAUAUAAAGAUGGUUUCUACCUUAUUUUGUGAUUAUGAAAUUUCAAAAUUGGCUUCUGGUUCCAUUUUUGGCCUUAACAUUGCUGUGAGGAAUUGAAAUUGAGUUGAAGAAUUCAAUGCCAUUUUGUUCAGUGAGUCCAAUAUUAGAAUAUAUCCACUCAAAGAUUCACUCAAAAUGUUGACGCUCAAAGAGUCCAAAUUUUCGAACUCCAACAAAUUACAUGGUGCCCGAGAUUGUGGCCAAAUUGUAAUGUUACGUCAAUGUUUUAUGCACGAUGUUGGAAUUUACACGCUGUGUCUCAAUAGACACGCGUUUCAACUUUCGAGUCCCAAUUCGUGUUCUUGGUACCAAUUUAGUUACAAAUUACAGUCAGUGUUAAAUAAGGUGUCCAGAUGUAAAAAUUUAAACACCCUAUUCAUGUUUCGUGUUUCAACUCUGAAAAAAUGAUCUACGUGUAUUAUGAUUGAUUGUCUAUCGAAGAAGCAACAGAGGUACAUGAUUGCAAAUUUGCAAUUAAAUGCCAUAAAAUUCAGGCACAAUUUGAAGUAAACUUUUUCAGGCUUUAUUAGCGACUCUACUUUUUGAGCAAUUGACUAGUUUUGAAAUAAAAUAAGAACAAAAAUGAGGAAAAACCAUGUAAAGAACUGAAAAAUAAUGUGUGUGAUCAUCAUUGUGACAAACCAUCUCAUGGACUGGAUUUUGGGAUUUUUUUUUAAGUUUUGAAAAACGACUUUUGAAUUUUGGAGGGCAUUGUUUUUUAAUUUUACAAUUAGUGUUACGAACAUUGACUUGUUCAUACUGUUUUUAGUUUACAUUUUAGUAAACAAAUCAAUCCAAUAUGUUUAGUCCACUGCAUAUUGAGAUGUUAUUUGAUGGUCUCCAUCAAUGCCCAAAUUCAUUGUUCUGUAUUUACUCAAAAGAUUUAUUUUGAAAAAAAAAAUUAAGAGAACAUGUAAUCUACAUGUAUGUAUGUGUGGAACAUGACUGUAUCUUAAAUUUUGGGUUCUUCAUUUUAGUUUACACAAAAUAUGCACGAAACACCCCCAAUUUUGAAAUGGAAAGAAAUUAAAUUGGAGAAAAGGGUAAAAUAGAACAUUAGAGAAUGCACACUGAUAGGAUUAGUAUUUCUUUUAGGAAAAUACACUUUACUUAGUCCAAUUAUUAACUCUCCUUCUUUUUCAGAAACAAAUAAUUGAUUAAAUUUAAUUCAGUACAUAUUCAAUGCUGCGUUUAAAUAUGGAAAUUGUUUAUUGAAACAGAGUUAUUCCAACAAAAACUGUUUCUUGGUAAUGAAAAAAUAGUUUUACUCUGUAAACCCAUUUAAACAAAGAAUUGUGUGAAAUUGGGAGAUGGUGCUAUACAACUUUGGAUGUAUUUGUGAGUGAAGUACCUAAUGGUGACGGGGCUAUUUAAUUUUCGGGAUAUUGAAGUGGAAACUAGAUUGAGGAAUUCUCAUAGUAAUACAAAAAUACAAGUAACUGUUGGCAGAAUUGUGAAUGAGUUGAAAUUGAUAAAUAUCUUGGUGUUAUCUUGUGAUAAAAUUGAUGGGUAAAAGUGAGAAAAUAGAUCUGAUAAGAGGACCAACUUUGGUGAGUGUUCAGAGUUUCAAGGAACGUUCAGUGUCAUUGUGGAUGGGGCUGCCGUUAAAAUGUACCAGAAAUAUUUAGCAUUUGAAAGCAAACGUCAUAUGAAAAAUAUAUUUUGAGUUGAUUUUAAUGAGUUUUUAAAACUCAAAUCUACAACUUGGAAGUAUUUUUUGUUUUCCUUCCCAAAAUCAACUGUUGGUUUUAAUCAAUUGUUGGUUAUCAUUCCACAUGUGAACGGUGGGGUUUCAUUUUGUUGAAUAGUUAUUGGAGGAGUUAUAUUACGACAUUUCAAAUAUGUGCUGAUGUUAUACAUUGCAAUUUAAUAAAUUUGGAACGGAAUUCAGUUCCACAUAAAAAUUGUA